AUGCUGCCUUUAUACUUGCUGACAAACGCCAAAGGUCAGCAGAUGAGUGUGGAGUUGAAAAAUGGUGAGAUUGUCGAGGGGGAAUUGGUUAACGUGGACAACUGGAUGAACUUGACGCUGUCGAAUGUAAGCCAAUACGAUACAAUAGGGAACAGCGGUAAUAUUGCUGCUCAGAAGGAGAUUGUCAAGAGCAAGGAAAUCUAUUUGAGGGGUACUUAUAUCAAGUAUAUCAAGUUGCAGGACGGGGUGAUCGACCAGGUCAAGCAACAGAUAAGUAGCGGAGGUAGCUCUUCUGGUGGCGGCAGCGGUGGUCACUACAGAAGGGGCAACAGAUAUAGCAGCGGUGGCUCUGGGAGCGGCGGGAACUACAAGCGGGGCGCAAGUCAGAACAAGAAAAACUAUAAUAGUGGGAGCGUUCGUCGCUCGUACCACCAAAAUAGGCCCGGUAACGGCGGGAUGGGUGGCUACGUUCAGCAGCACCAGCCGCAGCGGGACUCGCCCAGCGGGAACAUCGAGUUUUAA